AUGAGUCAAGCCCUCCGAAAAGGUGUCCGGACUCUAUCCUGGACUCGAGUCCUCCCACGGACGCGACAAGCGCCGUUGCGCUGCGGAUGGCAGACGAGAUGCGUCCAGAUUCGCGCUACGCCUUCGGAAGAGCCAGCCACGGUGAAUGGGAGCCAUCUCCCCAUUGCCAACACACCUAGCUCCGCUGAAUCUCCCGACGCGCGAUUCGACGUUAUCGGUGCUCCCUACUCUUUACUAUCGGUUCAGCUCUCCGCUUCGCAGAACCUCUAUACUCGGCGAGGAACAUUGGUGGGAUUGAGCGGAAAGGCGGACAAUGUCGUGUCAUCGUUGAGCGUUCUCGAACCUUUCCGAAGAGCCGUCGUUGGUAUACCAUUUCUCUACCAGAAGGUGUCUUCGGCAACUCCGGUGACUGCCCUGGUCUCCGUCCGGUCUCCCGUCACAUCCUUUGCCGUUGUCCAUCUCAAUGGCUCCGUGGAUUGGAUGGUUGCUCAAAGGCGAGCUUUGCUCGCCUGGACAGGUCGUUCUCUCGCUGUUAAGCCAACAAUAAACACAAGCCUUAGUUUGGCACACUGGGGUAGCUCCGAGGUCACCGGAAGAGGAUUGCUGGCACUCGUCGGCAGCGGUCAAUUGUACUCCGUUGAGUUGAAGGCCGGAGAACAGUAUAUCGUUCACCCCAGCAACAUUGUGGCCUACACCAUAACUUCCAACCCCCCGCGCCCCUACCGCUUCAAGUCCACAAACUUGAAGUUCCAGGUUCCAGGCCUCAGCAGUCUGCCUGGCAUCUUCCAGAACGCAAAGUUCAUCCGGGACGUGUCAGAUUCCGACGCAUGGAAGACAGCGAUGAGGAUUGUCCACACGGUCCGGACCUGGUCUCGGAGGACUAUCUGGGGAGACAGACUCUUCCUUCAAUUCGACGGACCCGCCACCAUCCUAAUGCAAUCCCGUGGACCUCGCAUCAACGAUAUCAUGUCCGCGCGUGAGGUGAAUGAAAUCGCAGACUCGCCUCGCGGACUGACUGUUGGUCCUACCGAGUCUAUUGGUGACAAGGAUGAGGAAGCUUUCAAGAAAUCCGUUGAAGCAGCCACCAAUGCUGGGCCUGUGCCUACCCGCUCGGCCGAGGACAUCACGAACGAAGUCAAGGGAGUCACCCAAAAUGUUGCAAAACUGACGAAGGAAGGAAAAGUGAUUAUUGAGAAAGUAGGCCAGACAAACUAG